AUGAGUAUCCCGAAUGGACAGCAGCAUGCCUUUCUGCAGCAACAAGGCCAACAGCAGCAAGUUCCUCAAGCUACGGAUGAGCUCCUUCGUCAGUGUUUGCACCUGAUGACACAAGUUCUCCAGCAACAGCAGAACAGUCAGCAGUCACAAGAGAAUUUCAUCAGGCAAGUCGUUUCGGAAGUGCAUGCGGGCGCAGCACCCAGUCCGGAACAAAUUCUCGAUUCUCUUGCUGGGAAUAUCACGGAGUUCCGCUACGACGCGGACAGUAGCAUCACGUUUGCAGCCUGGUUCACGAGGUACGACGAGCUGUUCGAAAAGGAUGCUGCUCGGUUGGACGACCAAGCGAAGGUCAGAUUGCUGCUCAGAAAGCUGGGAACAUCUGAACACGAAAGACACGGACUAAAGUCUGAGCGUGAUUCAGAGACUCGGACCCGACUUCUGUCAUGGAUUGAGGAGAACAAUAACCUCACGUUGGAGCAAUUAUCGAAUGAAUGCCAGCGUCUCAUCAAUCUCAAACACGAUAAUGCUAUGAUCGAAUCUGCUGCAUCUUUCGAUCAGGUUAAUCAGCUCAAGCAGAAAUAUGACAGUAAUCGUAACAGACGUCAGCUGUCUCCCAGGUCAGAUGCGAACAACACAAAGCGGAAACCCGAUACUCCGUGCUGGUAUUGUGGUGCGUUCCAUUAUGUUCGUGACUGCCCGUACAAGAACCGUCAAUGUCCCGAUUGUAGUCGGUACGGUCAUCGUCAAGGAUACUGUGCAAGUUCCAAGAAGAAGAAGAGAGGUGGAAAACGUUCGGUUGCCAGCAGGGUUGUCGUUGUCAACAUGUGCAACGUGCAGAGGCGGCGGAAAUUUGUCUCCGUUGUGCUAAAUGGAACUCACAUCCAUCUUCAGUUAGACACAGCGUCCGACAUCACGGUCAUCAGCAAACCGAUCUGGCGAAAGGUCGGUAGUCCAAUAUUAUCACCAUCUACAGUGAAGGCGAAAACAGCAUCUGGGAACAUUUUGCCACUCGAAGGUGAAUUUCGCUGUGACGUCACCAUCGGCGGAAACACUCGCAGCGAAAUUAUCCGUGUAACUGAAAAGCAGCUGCAACUUCUCGGAUCUGAUUUGGUCGAUAGCUUCGAUUUAUGGUCCGUGCCAAUGGAUACUUUUUGCUGCCAGGUAUCUAGUUCUUCGACUUCCAGCGCAGCGCUUAGUUCUGCAUUUCCAGAAGUUUUCAGUGAGAAACUUGGGCUCUGCAAUAAGGUACAGGUGAAGUUAGACGUAGAGGAUCAGUGCAAGCCCAUUUUCUGUCCCAAACGCCCGGUUGUGUACUCUAUGUACAACGCAGUCGAUCAAGAGUUGGACCGGUUACAGCAGCUGAACAUCAUUACACCGGUCGACUACUCGGAGUGGGCAGCACCAAUCGUCGUAGUGCGCAAAGCAAAUGGUGCCAUUCGUGUUUGCGGAGAUUAUUCUACAGGACUCAACUCCGCGCUUCAGCCUCACCAAUACCCGCUCCCUCUUCCGGAAGACAUUUUCGCUAAGCUGGCUAACUGCAAAGUUUUCAGUCAGAUCGAUCUUUCGGAUGCAUUUUUGCAAGUUGAGGUCGACGAGCAGUUUCGUCAUCUGCUCACCAUCAACACGCACCGUGGUUUAUUUCAUUACAAUCGUCUUCCACCUGGUGUAAAGGUAGCACCGGGUAUCUUCCAGCAGCUCAUCGACACCAUGCUAGCCGGGUUGGAAAAAGUUUCCGGUUAUCUCGAUGACGUUAUCGUUGGCGGUGAAGACGAAGCAGCUCACAACCGCAACCUGAAAGCAGUUCUUCAGCGAAUCCAGGAUUUUGGGUUCACCAUUCGAGCCGAAAAAUGUACCUUCGGCAAGAAGCAGAUACCGUAUCUGGGCUACAUUGUUGACCAUCGAGGUCUGCGUCCAGAUCCAGCCAAAAUCGAGGCAAUAGUGCAGCUUCCGCCUCCCACUGACGUUCACGGUGUACGUUCCUUCCUCGGGGCGAUCAAUUAUUACGGGAAGCUUGUCCCGAACAUGCGAAUGCUUCGCUUCCCGCUGGACAAUCUGCUGAAAUCGCAGUCGAAAUUCCAGUGGACAACGGAGUGCCAGCAGGCAUACGAGCGUUUCAAGCAGAUUCUCACCUCAGAUCUUCUACUAACGCACUACGAUCCGAAAAAGGAGAUCAUCGUUUCUGCUGACGCAUCGUCAGUUGGUGUUGGAGCCACAAUCAGUCACAGGUGGCUCCAUCAAAAUAGUACAGCAUGCUUCCAGAGCACUUACGAAGGCAGAGCAGAACUACAGUCAACCGGAUCGUGA